GAGCCUGCAUCAAGUCGAGGGUCUGCGAGUCACUGUGGCCGGCCCGUGUGUGGAGUGACUUCGUCUUGCCUUCACAGAGACUCAGCAGCCCGCCGUGAGCCAUGGCGCUGGAGAUGGCAAUGGAGCCCGACUACAUGCGGGACCCGCGGAAGCACCACUUUAGCCCCUACAUGGAGAACGGCGGCACAUCCAUCGCCAUUGCCGGGGAUGACUUUGUGAUGAUCGCCAGUGAUACUCGGCUGACGCGCGGCUUCAACAUCUUGUCCCGGGACCAGGGCAAGGUGCUCCCCCUCACCGCUAACACCAUGAUGGCCUCCUCGGGCUGCUGGGCAGAUGUGCUCACCCUCUCCAAGGUGCUGCAGGAUCGCAUCACUAUGUACUCCCAUGAACACAAUGAGACCAUGCCCACCACCGCUGUCGCCCAGAUGCUGUCCACGAUGCUCUACUGGCGGAGGUUCUUCCCCUACUACGUGUCCAACAUACUGGCAGGGGUGGACGAGCAGGGCAAGGGUGUUGUGUACCACUAUGACCCUGUGGGCCACAUGGAGCAGCUGACCUUCAGUGCCACCGGUGCCUCCGUGGCCCAGAUACAGCCGCUGCUCGACAACCAGGUGGCGGCACUCAACAUGCAGGGUGUCGACCCUCCCAAGAUGACCAAGGAGUUGGCACGUCAGCUGAUCCACGAUGCCUUCAUCUCUGCUGCCGAGCGUGACAUCAACACUGGCGACGGCAUCAUCAUCCACACCAUCACCAAGGAGGGCAAGACCGAGGAGAUGGUGAAGCUCAGACGUGAUUAACACAACCUCAUCACCCUGUUCUCUUUCUUUCUCCCUCUCUUUCUCUGCCUUCACUCUUCAGCCAGUGUCAGGGUUAGGUUUUUGUUGUCCUCCCUCUCAGAGAAAGAGGGUUUGGUGUUAAGUAUUAAGUGCAGCCACAUUUACCAGGAGAUACAAGUUGCUUAGGGAAGACUUGCGAGUUUUCUCUCCCAAUUGUGACUUUAUUUCUAUUUUGUUUUAAGAAGUGAAGAGGACAUGCUUUCAGAAAUGAAUGAAUUUUUUUGAAUAAAUGAAAAUAAAGAAUUAUAAGUUUG